AUGUUGGGGAUCCCUGAUGGUCCAGAUUCAGGAUCUCACCAUUACAACCGGGGAUCAGUUCACGGGCAGGAAAAAUAUCUUCAGAGCAGCAGCAUGGAGGCGGUUUGUAAAGCCAGCGCUCAUCAAUCUACAGGCCUUGAGAAGACCAUCACUGUGUUUAGGGGUAAUGCCAGUCUGGGUAUGACAGUCAGUGCUCUAAGAGACGGCUCAGGUAUAUCCAUCCGUUCAGUGGUUAAUGGAGGUGCUAUAAGUAAAGAUGGCAGACUGAAAGUGGGAGAUGGAAUCCUAGCCUUGAAUGGAGAAGACACCACCAAUCUCACUAACGCCCAGGCAAGAGCUAUGUUGCGAAGGCAUUCACUUAUUGGACCUGAGCUUAGUGUGACUUAUGUACCUGCCGCAUUCCUUGAUAUGCACCGGGCCAUCCAAUCAAAACACGAUGUCAAGGCAAGCCGAGUUACUGCCAUCCAAUCGAAACAGGAGUUGAAACUGGGCCAAGCCACUGGCACCCAAUCAAAACAGGAAAUGAAACCAGGCCAAUCCACUGUCAUCCAAUCAAAACAGGAAAUGAAACUGGGCCAAGCCACUGUCAUCCAAUCAAAACAGGAAAUGAAACCAGGCCCAGCCACUGUCAUCCAAUCAAAACAGGAAAUGAAACUUGGCCAAGCCAAUAUCAUCCAAUCAAAACUAGACAAGAAAAUGGGCCGAUCCACUGCUGACCAAUCCUUACAGGGACAUAAAACUCCUGACACAGCCUUUACAAAGUUGGGAUGUAUUCCUGAACAAAGCAAAGUAGGAGGAGGAAGAGUGAGUGAAAAAUCCUGUCGAGAAAGAGAGAUGGAGCAAGCAGAGAACACGACGCAUCGAGAGAGAAAAGAUGAACAGAAAAGGGAGGCGAGGGGUAGAACACUUUCACUACAAGAGAGGGGAUGGAGAAAAGAAGAGAUAGAAAGAGAGACAGAGGACAAGAGGCAAAGAAGUGGUCAUCCCAGGAGAGUGACAUUGAUCAGGACAAACGGAGAAAGUCUUGGCAUCAGUGUGAUUGGGGGGCGGGGCAUGGGCCGUCGCCUCAGCAACGGAGAAAUGAGGCGGGGCAUCUUUAUAAAACACAUCUCUGAUCACAGUCCAGCGGCCAGAGACAACACACUGACGCCGGGAGAUCAGAUAUUACAGGUUGGAGGUGUGGAUGUGAGUGAUUUCACUCAUGAAGAGGCAGUGGAGGCCAUUCGACAGGCAGGAGACAAAGUGGAACUGUUAGUGCAAAACUCGCAGGUAUCAGAUCUUGUCACUAGUAAUGAAGAACAAUCAUCUCAACACAAUCACUUGACACAUGAAGAUGCCAACAGUCUACGCCUCUCCCCAAACAAUCCUUUCAGCCUUAUCCCAUAUAAGUUUUCAGGAAACAGUCCGUUGAAAAAACCUCCAAAACACCCGGCUCUACCUCCCUUAAGGCUCCCCUCAGGGCCUGUCAGCCUGUUAGCAGAUGGAGUCACAUCCAAAAGUGUUUUAGAAAGACUGCAUGAGCCAUCAGAGAAUAAACAGCACUGCCAACAGGGACAAGAGUCAUACUGGGGACAUAUGUUGCAGAAAUAUGCUAGUUUGCCGGGCGAGCUGAAACUGGUGGAGCUGGACUGCAGCACCCACAGAUGUGGUCUGGGAGUGUGUGUGUCAGAAGGCAGGGAUGGAAGAAGGACAGUGUGUGUCUCGGAAAUACGGCCUGACGGAGCCGCCGCUGCUGACGGGCAAAUCAGCGUGGGAGAUGAGCUGCUGGAAAUAAAUGGGCAGGAUUUAUAUGGUCAGAGUUACCAGACUGCAGCUGCUCUUAUCAACAGUGCUUCAUCUAAAGUUAAGAUUGUACUGAUCAGGAAUAAAGCUGCACUAAAGCAAACAGCAACUGGAUCAAUAAUGGAGGCAGAAAACCACACCAUCACAUCACCCUUGGAUGUGGAUAUCAGACCAGAUAAAGAACAUACGCAUGAUGCAACCGUUACUCAGGAAGAACGGAUGAGAUUAGAGAAACUGAAACCUUGUCAGAGUAACAAUCCUCCAGUUUCCUUCAUCGCCUCAUCCAACCACAACCCUCUACCUGACCUAGCUCCAUCCUUCUCUCACAUCUCACCAACUAGUCAUGUUCCAACCACAUCUCACAACACCGCAGCCAGUCAUACACACACUAUUCACCAUAAACAACCCUACUGCAGUUCCCUGAACAGUCCCUCGGCUUCUGGAGUACAAAGAUCCUCCUACUGUUCUGAAUGCAGUGUGAGAUCAGACCCGCUGACAUGUCCCAUCAUCCCUGGCUGCAUAAACAUCAUCGAUAUCUGUAAAGGACACUCCAGUCUGGGCCUUACCAUUGUAGGGGGCUGUAACACUGUACUGGGAGUGAUUCUGAUUCAUGAGGUGAAUGAAGGAGGUGCAGCUCACAGAGAUGGGAGAUUAAUGGCAGGAGACCACAUCCUUGAGGUGAAUGGUAUAGACCUGAGAAUGGCUAGUCAUGAGGAGGCUCUAAGUGUCCUGCGCUUGAGUCCCCAGCAUGUACGCCUCUGUGUGUACAGACACACCUCCACACACACCUUCCCCAAUCAAGCUACACACACUCAUGAGGACAUGUGGGACCUAUUCACUGUGGACCUGCAGCUACAACCAGGACAGGAGCUGGGCCUGAGCAUUGUGGGUAAAAGGAAUGACACAGGGAUAUUUGUGUCUGAGAUAAGAGAGGGAGGGGUGGGUGAGUCAGAUGGGAGACUCUCACUUGGUGAUCAGAUUCUGUCAGUAAAUGGAGAGGACAUCAGAGCUGUGACUCAAAACUAUGCCUGCUCUCUAUUACAGAAAUGCAGUGGAUCAGUGUUGCUGGAGGUAGCACGUUUUAGAGCUGCUCCACAUUAUUCAUAUGAGUGCCAGAAUAAUCUUCCCGGUUGGUGAUGCUGAAUUCCUCUGUUUCCCUUGUUACACUUUUAGGGGGGGAAAUGGAUGCAGUAGAAACACAAGAGCCUGUGUGUAGCAAACUGCUGGAGGUUCAAACUCAGGAGCACUGAAGAAUCUGAGACGCUGAUGAUCUGUACCGCCGUCUAGGAAAAAUGUGCAUAACGGAUUUGUUUUAAAUCUUAAUAGAAUGCAGUGUGAUGGGCAAUUAAAAAGAAAUAGUGAAAUUAUGUUUUAGAAAUCCACCUUAACAUCUCAUCGCAUACAUAAAAAUAUGUAUUAUCUGUGUUCAUUUAUCUAAAAUCCCUUCAGGUAAAAUAACCUUGACAUUUUCCGACGAGCCUCGACUCCACUUUCCAAAUAAUUCCUUACUAAAUAAAAUGUUAUAAGAUGAAUAUCUGACCCUAAGUGGCUCUUUGCAACCACAGCAAAGGAUUCUGGGAGCCUAGGCAUUAUAAUCGAGUCAAGAUCAUAAAUUAUAUCAUAGUAUUUAUUCAAGUAGAAAUAAAAGCUGAAAUAUGGCAUGAACUGUAAACAGAUUUAAUGCCCAGAACAAGGGCUCUGCAUAUUAAAAGCACAUUAUAUCAGUUCUACAUUAGCUGGAGUACAACACUGGAUAGUAUAUAAUGAAGAGUUUCUAAUUAGUGAGUAGAAAUGAUGAGAAAUAUUAACCUCUCUCUCUCAGAAAUCAUCUCAUCAAACUCGAGCGUUGUAUUUUAGAUCUUUGAAAGUUAUAUUUAUUUAAGCUUCGCUUCACUCCUUCACCAUCUAAUCUGAUUUGGCCUGGGCAGUGGAAACUGAAGUAGUUAAGGCACUGGAUUGUGGUUCUGGAAGGUUUGGGUUCAAGCCCCUGAACCACUGUUGUGCCCCUGAGCAAGGCUCUUAACCCUCACUGCUCCAGGGGUGCUGCCCCUGUGCUCCAACCCCAACCUGGGGCAAUAAUAAAGGCUUCAUUUCCACACUGUUCAGUAGGAUUCUUACACCUCAAUCCUUUAAAAAUCUAAACGCUUGUUACAGUUUUUCGGAUUGUUUAGCUCAAGAUUCGAUCAAAAGGAACGUUACUGGUGCUCAGAGGAAAUAAUGAACAUCAUGAAUUUUUUUGGAAGUGUGUUUAUAUUUAACCCAAACCUCCAGUAUAUACUUCAGCUGGACUGACACUGUGCAUCAUCCCUCUUUGUCAUUUGCCAUAUCUACAAUCACAAACACCACCAUUUUAAUCCUCCAGACUGAGAAACAGUCUUAUUAUAAACAGUUAUAUGUUAUUUUGAAAUUAUACACAUUUAAGUUUGACAUUACUGCAACAAAAAUGAUGUAUUCGCAUAUAUAUUUUUUAUAAGUGGGACACUUCAAUCUGCUGCU